AUGAAGACAAAGAAGUCCAAGGCAAAAGCUUGUCUGUUUGCUGCAGUUUCCUCCAAGAUCUUCACUCGUAUCAUGUCGUUGAAAACGACAAAGGGGAUUUGGGAUUAUCUCAAAUCUAGUAUGAAGGAGAUGAAAGAAUUCGAGGGAUGCAGAUUCAAGGAUUGCUUACAAAUCCUUGUAACAGUGCCUGAAAGAUUUGAGGCUACCAUCACCACCUCAAAAAACAUGAAGGAUCUUUCAAAGAUUGCUUUGACAGAACUCUUAAGUGCUUUACAAACACAAGAGCAGAGUCGUGUAAUGAGGCAAGAAGGAGUCGUCGAAGGAGCUCUUCCAGUCAAGCAUCAAGAUGAUGAAAAGAAUAGGAGGUCCAAGAACAAGAAGUUUUAA